AUGAGCGCCACCAGGCCGGACCACCGGCGGCACCAGUCGCCGUUCCUCCGGGACCUCUCGUCCCCGAUAUCCUCGUCCUUCCGCAUGCCCCCGGCGUCCGUGCGCCGCGAGGCCCAGGCCUCCACCCCGCCGCCGCCUCCCCCGCUGCUCUCCCUCGAUGACCUGUCCCGCCACUCCCCCUCCCCGCCGCCCUACACGCCUCCGCAGGCAGCCAUGUCCCCGUCGCCUCCUCCCCCUCGCGGGGGGCUCUUCUCCACCCCGCAGCGCUCCAACGGCUCCCCCUCCCCGGCGGCGUGGUGGUCCCCCUCGAGGGAGGAGAAGGCCAGGGAUAGUUCCCCGGUCGACGGAGUCGUACAUCAGCAGCAGUCCCCGGCGACGGCGUCCGGACAGCAGCCGCAGCAGCAGCAGCAGCAGGUGGCGCUGAUCACGCUGCCGCCGCCCAGGGAGGUCGCGCGUCCGGAGAUGCCGAGGGACUCGGUGCUCUCCACUGGCCGGGUCGACGAGGAGGAAUGGGUCACCGUUUUUGGUUUUCUGCCGGUUGAUACCAACUUUGUACUGAGAGAAUUUGAGAAAUGUGGGUUAGUCUUGAGACACGUUCCUGGUCCGAGGGAUGCGAACUGGAUGCAUAUCUUGUAUCAGAGCCGUCAUGAUGCACAGAAGGCACUCGCCAAACAUGGUCAGCAGCUAAACAGUGUUCUUAUCAUUGGGGUGAAGCAAGUGGAUCCAUGGCAGCGACUGUAUCUGAACGAAAACACCGAUGACACCUACAACGGCGGCAUGUCGGUUCCAUUUCCGUUGCAAGCCGUAGCGCCGAGCGGUUUCACUACCAGGAACGCGUUAGCGCCUUUGCCGAGCAAUUCCAUGCAAAACGGCAACGAGGGCAACCGCGGGGCAUCCGGCGCCAUCGCUUCGCCCGCGAAAUCGGUCUUGUCCAAAGUCAUGGACGUGAUGUUUGGCCUCUAA